CGGUGUUCAGUUUCCCGAGGUCGCGCUCUUUCUCUGGCCGGCGGGACGGUCCUGCAGCAGAGAACCGGCUUCCCGAGUUCGGGCAGCUCCUCUUCCCUCCGUAGGACCCUCUGUGCUGUUCCAGGGUCGCAGCAGCUAUGUCCGCGCUGCGAACUCUUCUGCUGCUGCUGCUGCCUCUCUGUCCCGGUCCUGGUCCUGGACCCGGGAGCGAGGCAAAGGUCAUCCGGAGUUGCACGGAGACCCGGCAAAUUCUGGGGGCCCGGGGAUAUAGCUUAAGCCUACUCCCUCCCGCCCUGAUCUCAGGUGAGCACCUCCGGAUCUGUCCCCAAGAAUACACUUGCUGUUCCAGUGAAAUAGAGGAGAGGCUGACCUGGGACACUGAGGCUACUUUCCGAGGCCUGGUGGAGGAGAGCGGCUCCUUCCUGGUUCACACAUUGGCUUCCCGGCAUAGAACAUUUGAUGAGGUUUUUCGGGAGAUGCUCUCAUCAGCUGAGCACUCCCUGGCCCUGCUCUUCCACCGCUCCUAUGGCCGCCUAUAUUCCCAGCAUACCCCCUUAUUCAGCGGCCUGUUCUCUCGGCUGCGGGACUACUAUGAGAAGUCUGGUGAGGGGUUAGAUGACGCCUUGGUGGAUUUCUGGACGCAGGUCCUGGAGAGAAUGUUCCCCCUGCUGCACCCACAGUACAUCUUCUCCCCUGAAUACCUGUUCUGCCUCACUCGCCUUGCCUCCUCUGCUGAUGACUCUCUGAAGCCUUUCGGGGACUCACCCCGUCGCCUCCGCCUGCAGAUAACCCGGGCCAUGGUGGCUGCCCGGGCCUUUAUCCAGGGCUUGGAGACUGGAAGAGAUGUGGUCAGCGAAGCACUUAAGGUCCCCUUGUCCGAAGGCUGUAGGCGGGCUGUAAUGCGUCUGACUGGCUGCCCCUUUUGUCGCGGGGUCCCCCUGCUGCCGCCUUGCCGGGGCUUCUGCCUCAACGUGGCCCAUGGCUGCCUCAGCAGCCGGGGACUGGACCCUGACUGGGGGGCCUAUCUGGAUGGUCUCCUGUUCCUGGCUGAGAAGAUCCAGGGCCCCUUUUCCUUUGAGCUGGCAGCUCAGGCCAUUGGGGUGAAGAUCUCAGAAGGUUUGAUGUACCUGCAGGAAAACAGUGUAGGGGUGUCCACCCAGGUGUUUCAGGAAUGUGGGGUCCCCCCAAAGGCGAUGGCCCGUGCCCACCGAGCCCUGGCACCCAUGGAAGAAGCAGGCCGGCUCUGGACCGCGGCAGCAGGGGCGGAGGAGGAGCAGCCCACGACAGCUGCGGGCAACAGCCUGCCCCGCAUGCCCCCGCAGGCCUUGGACAUCACCCAGGAAGCGGCGCCCUGCUGGACCGGAACCGGGCGGGGCCGGUACUUGUUGCCGGUAGUCGGAGGCCCCCUGACCCAGCAGCUCAACAAUCCAGAGCUGGAUGCGGAAACCUCAAACCCCGACCUCCGGACUCGGAUGCAGCGGCUGCAACUCCGGUCAGCUACAGUGAGGAUGAGGGCAGCCGCCCAGGGACGCGACCUAGAUCUGGAGGACUGGGAUGAGGAUGCCAGUGGCUCUGGAGAAGGACAGCACUAUGCAGAUGACUGGAUGGCUGGGGCAGCAGCUGUGGGCCCCCCAGCCCGGCCUCCUCGUCCUCCUGGCCGCAAAGGAGGUUUCAUCGUCCGCCAAAACCAGGGCAGGAGCAGGACUGGGGGGACAUCUGUUGGUUUUCACACCCAACCCAUUCUCAUUCUCUUCCUCUCAGCCCUGGCCCUGCUUGGACCUCGAUAACAGGGGAAGGGUGCCCUGGCAUCAGAGAGGUUCAUGGCCCUUUCUCUCCUCCCCUCUCAGCUGGAUCUGGGGAGGAGUUGAAGGGGGCUGCAGAGAGGGUUGAGAAGGGACUUUUUGGGUGAAUGGCUAGGGCCCCAAAUCCAGGAGAUUCCCAUUGGGAUUGGGUGGGUGUUCACAUAUUUAUUUUUUCGUUUGGUAUCCGGGUGGGGAGGCUGGGGGUAUUUAUUUAGGCUGUGGUCUCUCCAACUGAGCCUCUAAGUUUGGGCUCUGGUGGUCAGCCCCAAGGAGGAGAAAGGGAAGAUUUUUAGAGUGACGGUUGGGGGGUAGGGUUUGAAGGGAGUUGGAAGUGGGGAGUGGUGGGUUCACCUGGUCUCUGAAAUGGACAAAGCUGGGUGCUGAUAGGGUGCAGGGCAGGGAACUUGGGUCUGUGUAUCAGGAUCCCUGGUCCUUGGUUCUAUGUGUGUUUUUUCAGUACCAAUUUCUUAAACUAAAACGCAAAAAAAAAAAAAUUCAUGACCUC